CUUUAUUUCAUACCGCCAGUCCUAUUCACAUCAUCCCACAACCAAAAAGUCCCGAAUCGCAGGAGGCUUCGCCGACAAUGCCGCCGAAUCAGAGGAAACCAGAGGGCUCAUGUCCGCUGGUGCUUUCGACGAUGGAGAUGCUGUGAUUGAAAUGGACCGUCUACCGCCGCGUUGGCUCGACGUGCAGGACCAAGUCAACGAAUGGCUGGAAAACAUCACCAAACAGAUCAAGAAGUUGGAUCAAUUGUGUCAGAAGCACGUGCUGCCAGGCUUCGACGAUGAGCAGGUCAAGAGGAGGGAAGAGCGCGAGAUCGAGGCCAUGACUCAAGAGAUUACCAGAGGCUUCCAGACCUGUCAACGAGCUAUCCGUCGAAUCGACAACAUGGUCAAGGAGUCGCAGCAAACCGGAAGCCUGAGCAGAGGAGAGGAGACCAUGGCACAGAACCUCAAAGUUUCACUGGCUACGAAGGUGGGAGACAGCAGUGCUUUGUUCCGCAAGAAGCAGUCUGCUUAUCUCAAGAAAUUACGCGCCCUCGGUGGCAUGAGUUCACCCCUCGAUCGAGCCACGUCCCCUGUUCAGAAUCCCUACACCGAUCCUUCCCUCAUGGACUCCGAGAUCGAUCGCAGCUCGGCGCAAACUACUCUCUUACAAACCAAGCAAAAGCAACGCUCUGCCGGCUUGCACGAUUCGACCAUUGCCCAGCGAGAGCGUGAAAUUGAGGACAUUGCACAAGGCAUCAUCGACUUGUCCAACAUUUUCCAGGAGUUGCAGACCAUGGUCAUCGACCAAGGUAGCAUGCUGGAUCGCAUCGACUACAACGUCGAGAACAUGACAACAGAAGUCAAACAGGCCGAGAAGGAGUUGAAGGUCGCUACAGGAUACCAGAAGAAGUCGACAAAGCGGAAAAUUAUCUUGCUGCUAGUCCUCAUAGUCGCUGGUAUGUUCAUCUUGUUGAUGAUCAAGCCCAAGAGUCGCAGUGCUCCAGCUGUAACUCCUGCGCCUGCACCUGUCACGCCGGCAGAACCACCUGUUCGGCCUCCUGAACGACUGCGACGGAGUGUGGUCUUGGACGAGCUUAUAGGCACGAGAAAAGACUGGCGAAGGCGGAAGCGAGUACCCAACGAGUCUGUGAGUUUAUCAUAA